AAAUGACUUUUGAGAACGGUUGUCUCUUUUGGUCAACAAAUACAUUUUCCACCAUUGGAUAAUCAAAUACCACAAAUCACUAAAAAGGACACAUCUCCAACCCUCAUUAACUCAAGAUUCAUUCUUCCUUUCAUCCCUUCACUUAAACACUGCCUUAAUUCCUCUCUUCAAUAAACCCAUAAGAAGUAUCUCAAAGUACAAGGAACAGCAUCCGGAGAGAGAGAGAGAGAGAGAGGGAGCAAGAGACAGAACAGAAGAGAAAAUGGGUGGUGGAGCAGAAGAAAUGGCGACGAUGACAUCGAAAAUGGCACUUGUCUUAGCAGCCAAAUCGAAAGCAAUUGUGUACACGUCAUCUCCUGCAAGCCCCAACAUGUUCGCAUCUCCUCUCCACACUCUGGCUUCGGUUCCCUUUUGCUGGGAGGAAGAGCCUGGCAAGCCCAAGCUUCACCUCCUGUCCCAUACUUACAGCAACAGGUGCCUUGAACUGCCGCCAAGGCUGCUACUUCCCAAGGAAUUUACCAAAAUGCCCUUGCCCGCCGCGGGCGAUGCCGUGAGGAGAAGGGUUCGGUGGUGGUUGCGGAAGAAGGAAGGCAAAGGGGAUGCGGUGAGGGGUAGCUACGUCUUUCCGUCGUGUGUUGACAGCAACAGGGAGAGUGAGAGAGGAGAAGACAGCGGAGAUAUCAACACCAGUGUGAAUGUAGUGACAAGAAUUGGGAGAGACUCAAGUCUCUACAGUCUCUCUACUCCAAGAUCUCAUUUCUGGGCUGAUAUAUAUAAAAGAUUCAAGCAAGCGGUAAAAUGUAAGAGCAAGAAGACGAGAAAAGAUUCAAGAGAGGGCUUUUGAGUGAGGCAGAAGGCUUCUCCCACGUCAUCUCAAAAGCAUCUCAAAAGCAUCUGCUUCUUGAGGAUCCAAGUUUAUGGAAAAUAUUCAAUAAAAAUUCAUGUACAUAAUCAAGCUUAUCAAAGUGUAACCUAAUAAUGUCUUUGUGGUGUGAGUAUAUAUAUAUGCUAAGAUUCAGACAGAGAAUGUACAAAGUUUCCAGCUUUCCCAAUUCUCUGGCCA